UGCAACUUGGAAGAAAAGAGGGAGGAUGGGGCGAGGCUUACUGUGAUCUUGAGGGGAUGUCUCUAUUAAGGGUCCCCUUUAUGCACUUGGGCGCAUGACAGCUUACAGCACAAUAAAUGGUUGAAAGGUGUUCAGGCUCUUGGUCCUUAUUGCACAAGAUGAAAAUGACUGCUACUUUGGAAUUCUGCAAACCAGGUUAUUGUGACUCUUGACACUGACAGUAACUUCAGCUGGCUUUUUACCACUGUAGUUGAGUGAUAAGCUAUUCAAGGGCCUUAUUUAUAGCUUGUGCCCCAGCCUUCAGUAGGUUGACCAUGGACAUCCACUGCACUAUUCAAAAAUCUGGCUUUUGGUACAUAACUAAAACCUGUUUUAUGAGACGGGCUCUUUGUCAAGUAUACCUUAUUGAUGCCUGGUAUUUGAAACCUCCCAAGUAUGCCAGCAGCUACGGUAGAUCACAGCCAAAGAAUUUGUGAAGUUUGGGCUUGUAACCUGGAUGAAGAAAUGAAGAAAAUCCGCCAAGUUAUACGGAAGUUUAACUACGUUGCUAUGGAUACAGAAUUUCCAGGAGUAGUUGCAAGGCCUAUUGGCGAAUUCAGAAGCAACGCAGACUAUCAGUACCAACUACUCCGCUGUAACGUGGACUUACUAAAGAUAAUUCAGCUAGGAUUGACAUUUAUGAAUGAGCAAGGCGAAUAUCCUCCAGGAACUUCAACAUGGCAAUUUAAUUUUAAAUUUAAUUUAACAGAGGACAUGUAUGCCCAAGACUCUAUAGAACUGCUAACAACAUCUGGAAUCCAGUUCAAAAAACAUGAGGAAGAAGGAAUCGAAACACAGUACUUUGCUGAACUUCUAAUGACGUCGGGUGUAGUACUGUGUGAAGGUGUCAAGUGGCUUUCAUUUCAUAGUGGCUAUGAUUUCGGCUAUCUAAUCAAGAUCCUGACGAAUUCCAAUUUACCUGAAGAGGAGAUGGACUUCUUUGAGAUACUGAGAUUGUUUUUCCCUGUCAUUUAUGAUGUGAAGUACCUUAUGAAGAGUUGCAAAAAUCUCAAGGGUGGAUUGCAAGAAGUAGCUGAACAAUUAGAGUUGGAGAGGAUAGGACCACAGCAUCAGGCAGGGUCUGACUCUCUACUAACAGGCAUGGCUUUCUUCAAAAUGAGAGAGAUGUUCUUUGAAGAUCACAUUGACGAUGCCAAGUACUGCGGUCACUUGUACGGUCUCGGUUCCGCUUCAUCUUAUGUACAGAACGGGACGGGCAAUGCAUAUGAAGAAGAAGCCAGCAAGCAAUCAUGACACAAAAUGAGAAUCCACCUUUUUGGAGCACCACGUGCUUGUACAUAGGUUUUAUCUCUGGUUGAAUCCCUUGGACAAUAAGGCAUUCUUUUUCCCUCUCUUUCUCAGCCCGCUGCCCUUUUUUUCUGCCUUUAUUUACCAAAAUCGAACUGUUCCUAUCCCAGUUUUUGACCUUGAUGCACAGGCAUUUCUGGGUUUACAUGUGACCUUGUGCCUUGCCCAGUUGUACACAAGCACGCGUAGGAACAGCGUGGCAGACUGAAGAUGAAAGCUAAAAUGAUAAUGAAAGUUCUGAUAAACUUUAAUUGGUCUUAGCAUUGGUUUAUUAUCUUCCCUGUCCUUUCUCCCAAAACUGAACUAGCACCAAUUGUGACCGAAACCCUUUUUGAUGUUUAUCCCUUCCCAGCAUACAGGAGUUUUAGCUAUUCGAGAUUGUGGACCAUCACAUUUGCACUUUAGAAGAGUGACUCCGAGUCGAAUCCUCUGGUUUUUCUACCCUGACCUCGAGAAAAGCAUUCAUCUGCCGACUUUUAGUAACUUCUUGUUGUUUCCCCGUCAUUGAACUUAUUGAACCGAAACACACCUGCUGCGUAAAUCAUUGUUGAGAAUACUGAAAUAUUAGCAGCUGCUCUUGUAUUUAAACUGGUGUUUGUCUUCCAAGUGUAAACACACACUGUUAAGUGGUUUGCCAGUUUAAUACCCUCUGUGAUGGAAGAACUAGGUUCUGGUGAGGGGACACCUCUCCUGUGUACACUCUGUGGAGUUGAUCCAGUACUAUGCAAGAACCCAGUUCUGUUCCUGUGUGGCUCCUUUUCAUUUUGGGGAGGGGAGUGUAUGCAAGAGAAAUCCCUUAUGGGUUUUUCCCCUCUGUCUGCAAACCGGAUUUACAACCACCAAGAAAGACUCUCUGUCUUUUAGUUUUAUGCCUUUGAGCUUAAAAACGAGAGAAACUGCAGUUUGUUUGACUGCACACCGACAUAUUCCGCACCCAUUUCCUUGCUCCUGUUCCAGCAAGCAAUGCCCAUAACAUGCUUUCUAUUUAUUGUGUACUUGAACGAAUGGGGGGACACAGAGUUAAUUAAGGAUGAGAUCCAAAGAUCUGAAAACCAACUUGAUAUUUAGCUAAAUCAAGAGGGGGAAAAAAACACAUUUUGUUCUUACUGUGGCUGCCACAAAAGCAUUUGUUGUAAAACAACAAAUCUAUUUGUACCUAAUAAAGUGACCUGAGGAGCGUAAGGCUAGCUUAUUUUUUUAAGUCUAUUUUAGAAAUGCAUUGUUUUUAUUAAAGGACUUUCUUAACCCUUUAGAGAAUGCACACAACAGAGCAGCGGUGCAGGAAGGCUUUAAUGUGGCACUGAAUAGCUAAACCCUAUCCUGAAAUGAUGGUGUGCCUCUGGGCAGCCUUGGGCUCGCUCAUCUACACUGAAAACCCAGAUUUCAGAAAUGUUCCGCAAGUUGAUUGUCUACCAUGUACUUUAACCUGCUUUUCUUUUUUUCCCCCCCUCCCCAUUAAGUUACAACGAUGUAACUGGGUGGUCCUUUUUUUACAAAAAAGAAAAUGAUAAAACAAAAGAAAUUUGCAUAAGAGGGAAUUUGUUUUUAAAGCUUUUGUAAAUAAAGGCUUCAGAAAUCUUUUCUUAACAUA